AUGGUUGAUGUCCAUAAGUUGACUUGUCAAACCUGUAACAAUGUGGGUCUUGGUGAUGGCUCUGAUGGCUUUUUUUACUGCCUUCGAUGUGGCUCUCAAUAUGAGGAUGUAAUGGACACUGCCGUUGAUGAUGAUGAUCUCUUCAAUAAGGGAGAAACUGGCGGUGGUGCUGUCUACUUGGCCAGUCACCAACGCCAACGACCUGCUGCAAUCAAAGCUGAACCCAUAUCUCAGUAUGACUCCUUCUAUGAUUCCCAGUCCAAUUUCAUUAAGACUCUGGGUUUAGAAGAUGAAACUCCUCAACAAAAUGAGCAUGCUCAAGUUAAAGGAGAGGAAUUUGAUGCCGAUCAGUUUAUUGAUGCAAGUCCUUCAGUUCCUGCAGAUUUUGGAGGCUUAAAUGUUGCAAGUUAUGAAGAUUACCACAAUGAGAUAAGGAUGCGGUAUGUGAUGGGGUUGCAGAUAAUGAUUGAGCUUCAGUGUGAAGCGUUGGUGCAGGAGUUUAAGGUUACCCCUUUAAUUUGUGGCUUGGUUGGGCCAAUUUGGUUGAGGUUUGUCUCUAGGACUGGUGUUUUCGAUGAUGACUGGGCUGAUAAAGUAAUCCAUAACUCGGAGAUGCAGAAAGAAGAUGAACCAGAAGAUUAUAAGCCACGUGCUGAACACAGAACAGAGCCCCACAAUAUAUUUGGUCAGCGAGCUGUGAUGAUAUGGUUUAGGUCUCUAAAGAAAAGGAUUCCACUAUCUUGUACUGUUGCUGUUUCAUUUCUUGCAUGCCAUGUUGCCAGGGAAGCUAUCCUGCCAUCUGACAUGAUGAAGUGGACACGGGAAGGGAAGCUUCCAUAUUUUUCUGCUUUUGUUGAAAUUGAAAAGCGCAUAGGACAACCUUCAAGUGCUUGUCCUAUUAGUUCAAGUGUUAUGUUCAGGCCCCAGAGAGCUGUUCCCGUACAGAAGCUAGAGUCAUUUGCUGCAUCCAUUGCUCAGUUCAUAGGCUUGGAGUUACCUCCUGUUAACUUUUAUGCAAUAGCUUAUCUUUAUCUUAAAAAAUUAUCACUUCCUAUUGAAAAGAUUCUUCCUUAUGCAUGUCGCAUAUAUGAAUGGUCAAUGCCUCCAGAAUUGUGGCUAUCCCUAUCAACCAAUUAUUUUAGGCUACCUACUCAUGUAUGCGUUAUGUCAAUUCUAGUAGUAGCAAUAAGGAUAUUAUAUAACAUAAAUGGCUUUGGAGAGUGGGAGAAGAGUUUGUCUCGUAAUGAUGAUGAUUUUGGUAAAGAAUCUAAAGAUUCAGCUGAAGAUCAAGUAGGACCUCAAAGGCACGAGUUGGAUUCUGCCUGGCUUCUCCAACACCUUCAAGCAAGAUAUAAUGAGAUUGGGGAUAUCUAUGAGUAUUCGAAGGACUUGCCUACAUAUCUCAAAUACUGUAGGGAUGUUGUGUUUGCUGGAUCAGAGCCAUCUUAUGGGAAUCACGAGGAAGAAAAUAUGAUAGAAUACCUAUGGAAUUUUUAUCAGAAUGAAGAGGAUGUAAAACCAUUGGAGAAUGUAGAGCAGACAAACACUUCUUUUACCCAAACGAGGUUGAAGGAUAAAGAAUGCAUUGACAGGACCUGCAAGCAGGAAAAGAUUAGAAAAAAAGCCUUCAAUGAACUAUUUCCUGAUGAUGAAACCUGCCUUGAAGAUGACUUGCCUGGAAGUGUGGACGAUGGUAAUUCACAUGAGAGUUUGUCAGAAGGUGAAGAAGACUCGGAUUCCCGUGAUCACAGUUCAGGUAAAUCUCGAGUCAAGGAAGCCAUUAGGCAGAUGAAAUUAGACAUGGAAGAGAACAGAUUUUGUUAUAUACCACCAAGUGUCAAGCGAAAAAGACUGGAUUAUAUUCACUAUGUGAGAAAGAGGGAUGAAGGUGCCCUGACCUAUGUUGCUCAUGCUGAUUAUUACAUUUUGCUUCGGGCUUGUGCCAGGAUUGCACUAGUUGAUAUUCGGAUUUUGCAUAUCGGUGUGUUAAGCCUUGAGAGAAGACUUACUUGGUUGGAGAAACGGACUACACCAUGUUUUAUUAGAUCUUAUGCAUAUAACCUUUCAUACUCUCAGAUAUGUUGGGAAUCCAUCCACGUUGCGGGUUAUGGUUACAUGCCAAUCUCAGAUACUAUCGGUUCUCAUAGAUGGAGGUAUCACAUUCAAUUUUGUGAAACCCAGCAUAGCUCAAUGAAUGGGGUGGCCACAGUUGAGAAUCACACCUUUCCGAGUAUUUGUGGGUAG